AUGCACCGUCCCUUUGACACGUACGAUGGCCUAGCCGUCGCCCAGAUCCUCCUCUACACACCCUUUCUCGGCGGCGCCAUCAUGCUCUGCCUCCGCCACGGUUUCGCCAAGUCGGCCGGCUGGCGCUACCUCGCCAUCCUCGCCCUCGUCCGGCUCAUCGGCAGCGCCCUCCGCCUCGCCAGCCUCUCCUCCCCCACCAACCAGAGUCUCUACAUUGGCUGGCUCGUCCUCGGCGGUCUCGGGCUCGGGCCGCUCAUCCUCACGCUGCUCGGUCUGCUCUCGCGAACCUUUGCGUCGAUGCGCCGCAAUGGCCACGACAUUGUCCCGCCGCUCGCGCACCGCGCCAUCCAGACGCUCAUGCUCGUCGCCGUCAUCCUGCUGCUCGUCGGCGGCUUCAGCGGCUCCACCUUGACCGUGUCAGGCGGCGGCGGCGCGCCGCAGAUUACUUACGCCGCGACGAGCCGCGCGGGCAGCGGCAUCGUGAUUGCCGUGUACGUGCUGCUGUGUGCGGAGACGCUGCUUGCAUUCGUCAACCAGGGCUACGUCGCGCAGGGCGAGCACCGCAUCGUGCUGGCGGUGGUGGUGUGUCUGCCGUUUGUGCUCGUGAGGCUGGUGUACAGCGCGAUAUUGGUGUUUGGGCACGUGCGCUCGACGGCGUGGCUGAUGCUGGGCAUGGAAGUGGUCGUGGAAGUGGUCGUGGUGCUCGUCUGCGAGGUGGUGGGCUUUACGCUGGCAAAGGUGCCCGAGGAGGUCAAGGCAGAGGACGCAGAGGCGAGGCCGAUGCCCGGCGGUCUGUAG